AUGUCUACCUUUAAUGUAUUGAGAUACUCAGCCUUAGGUGCCGGUGUUGUCUACGGUGCAGUCCACAGAUAUAACUUGUUUGCUGAAGCUGAACAAGUUGAAGCAGCUGCUCAAUUCAAGAAGGAACAAAAAUUAAUUUCCAAGGCCAAAGCUGAAUACGCUAAAUUAAACCCACCAAAGAAAGUUGAAACCACCUCAGGUUCUAUCAACUGGGAAGAUCCAAACUUAGACAUUGGUAAGGCUUUGGAAUCUUUGGUUCAAAAAUUAGAGUAA